AUGCAAUAUGAUCCUAUUUGUAUUCAUAAUGAGAGAACUAAAUAAUUAUGGUCUACGAAAAGUCUUAACAGAGAUGGCCAAAUUUGGAAAACCAUUAUUAGUCGAAUUCUAGAAUUAUAUCAUUGUGAGGAGCUAUGGUACUUAAUUGGAAAAUACUUACGUAUUAAGUUGUUAUCUCUCACACAUAUAUAAACAAUUAAACAUUACAAGAUCGAUGCUCGCAUACACGACACUUGUGUACAUGAAAUAAGCAAUUAGACACAGAGAGGGUCACAGUUGAAUGAAGUGAUGGUAUUUCCAGAUCAAACUCCUACUUUAAAAAUGAAGUUAGACACAAAGCGCAGAAAGCUCAACACCCAAAGAGAGAUGUUUAAUUUCAAUUAUAUCGUAUUGUUGGCCUUCAACUGCUUUGGUGAGAUGAAGUGUUUUCUUUCCAUCAGCUUCUUCUUUUGUUGCUUGCUGCUGCUUUUGGAUUCUUCAAGUUUUCCUACACAGAGCAUCUUCUCCGACAAAGACCAUCGUCUCCGACAACCACCAUCUCGUGUCCGUUGCGUCUUGUUCCGUUUGAAGCCGCCGCCGACAAAGGCCCUUGGUUGUCUUCAUCGUGGUCUACAUUGUACUAUUUAAGGAAGAUAAGGUGGUUCCAUAAGUGGGGUUUAUGUGGGGCUCGUUGAUGAAGCUGACUUGCGGGCAGUGAGUGAACGACCUUCGGGAACAGCCUGCUGCCAUCCUUCAUCAGUGGUGUGUCAUCCUGUGCCACAUUAUCAGUUUCGUUGAGCAGCGUUUGGUCUAAGAGCAUUACAGCAAGUGAGGGAUCAUCACCAGGAAACAGCACUCAUUACAUAGACAUCAUAGCUGCCAACUGACUAUUGGACAUUACUUCACAAUCCCGAGGCGUAUCUUUAAUUUUGCUAGGAGCAUAUCCAUAGUUUGCAAGAAAAUUCAAGCCACCAACGGGAAGUCACUAACCAAAUCCAGCUCCACUGCUAGCCAAAUAAGCAGGGUCAUUCGAAUGACGACACCCCCGCCAUCUCCCACACAGCCUGAGAUUCCUUCUGAGGGGACGUCUAGGAAAACUAGACAAGCCACUCGGCUAAGAAGGUUGACAGCAAGAACAUUGGAUCAAGCAAGGGCAACAGUCAGUGUGAAUCCAGCGACUGGUAGAGGAUCCGGACCUCACAAGGAUCAGUUUCAUAGUUACCUUGGAGUUGUGGCACGAGACAAGAUUCCAAUUGUUCACCCUAGAUGGAAUGAUGUACCUGAAACACUGAAGAACAUGAUAUGGGAUGACAUAUUGGCAAAAUUCGACAUCCCCGAGGGUGAUAAUGCCAAAAAGAAGGUGAUGUCAACGGUGGCAACGCGUUGGAGGCAAUUUAAGUCGGCGUUGACAACAAAAUAUGUGUGUGGUAACACUGACGGGCAACCAAAAGAUGAUCCUUUGGUUAAAUACGGCAUUGAUGCAAAAGAUUGGGCCGAGUUUGCAAAAAUGAGGCAAACCCCUACCUGGCAGGGGAUACGGAAAAAGGCACAAGAGAUUCAAAAGUACAAUGACUCUCCGAACUUGUUGUCUAGGGGAGGCUAUGAGCUGCUAGAAAAAAAAUUAAUGGCUGAAAAAAGGAAGAUACGAGAAGAACAAGCAGCAUUUAUUGAGGACCCUUCAUUGUACCUCCCACCAUCACCAAUUUCUAGACACGAGAAAUGGAAGAGUGCACGCACAAAACAAUAUGGCCAGAUGACAUCUCAAGCCGCCAAAGAAAUAGCUGACAAAAUUGACUCUUUGGAAGAGCAAAGCAGGCAGGGCAGCAUUGUGCCUUCGGGACGUGACAAUAUUUUGAACAUGGCUAUUGGAAGACCGGAGCAUCCUGGUCGAGUACGUGGGGCUGGGACAGGGGUUACAAUUACGCAGUAUUUUGGUCCAGCAUCGCGUCGGUCUACGACUUCAUCAAACAUCACUGUAGAACAGUUGGCUGAUAUAAUUGGUAACCUAAAAGAAGAAUGGCGAAGACAUGCUGAAGAAGAAAACAUUAAAAGAGACGAGGCGUGGAUGAGGAGGGUAGAAGAGGAAAAACAGUGCACUAUGGACACAUUUAAAGGACAAAUACAACAAGCUAUCAAGUUGGAGUUGUCCCAAAUUGUAUCACAACAUUCAGCCCCACUUCAGCCAAAUGAUAUAGAAGUAUUAGCAGCAAGGGUAAGCAUGAAGGGAAGCUGUGCAGCAGCAGAGACAAAUGCAUUAGCUAAAAAACCCUCUGAGUUGAAUGGUGACAGCGUCGGGUUGCAUGUAACUGUCGAGAACUCCAACAAAUUAGUGGCAGUGGGCAAACAGUGCGACAGUUUUGGCACCAUCCACAACGUGCCCUAUGCUGAUGAUGUUGUUCGCGUGAGUGUGGUGGAAGUUAUUUUCGGUGAUGCGGAGGUUCCAAUCCCUACAUCGGAAAUAAAGUUUGUCAAAGAAGCUUUAGGGAGUUUUGUUCCAUGGCCAAGACAUUUGGUCAAACCCAUGUUACCUUAGGAAGCAGAGAAGGAUGUCAUCUCACCAUUGAAGACUGUUGAGGAGGAAAAGCCACCUGAGGUUAUUGAUCCAUUGGGAGAGUUGGUGAAGAACUUGUUCGACAUUUACCAAAGGCCUGUUGAGGUGUUAUGGGA